AUGCAUCCUUGUCAACAGUUGGUAAAGGUAUCAGGUAUCAGGCCAAAAGCUCUUCCAAACACUAAAGAAAUAAAAGGAAAAAUGAUACGAAAUAUUAAGCAGUAUGUUAAUUCAGUUCCGAUAUUACGAAAGGCAGUUAUUGCUGGAAAUGGUUUAGUAGUUUUCCUUAUCACCAAAACUCGCAAUCUACAUUCGCCGGCCAACUGGUUUGUCGUCUCCUUAGCAGUUGCUGAUUUUACAGUCGGUGCCGUCCUCUUUCCAUCGGGUUAUUACUGUGUAAACACAACGCAUUGCAACAGGAUAGUCAUGAUAUUUUGGAUGGCUUUAUACUGGUUUGUCAUGCACGCCUCAGUCACAAAUCUUUGCGCAUUAACUUGGAAUCGCUACCUCGCCAUCGUUCAUCCAUUCAAAUACAAUACUUCAAUGACCGUAAAACGGCCUCGUAUGACUAUCUUAGUUGCAUGGUUGAUUCCUCUGGCAGUUUCAUUGGCCCUUGUUUUGGGCAUGUUCGUAACAAGCUCCACUACUGUUCACAAAAUUAUGCGGUUGACGUGUGUCUCAGCUUUCUACAUAAUAUUAUGUAUGUUUCUUCUUUAUGCUGUUGUUCGUAUCCUACUUGUUGCACGAGCACAAUCGCGACAGAAAUCUCUUAUGGAACGACAACUUAGAUCUAACUUUGGCUUGACCUUACGCAGAAGUAACAAGAACGAGACAGCUGCAGGAUUUAUAAUUGCUGUUAAUGUAUUUUUCUUGGGAUGUCAUACCGUUGUAAAUUAUCUCAUAGUAUGCCUCACCAUACCUUCUUGCGAUGUGUCUGACAGAGCAGGGAAGGUUGUUAGUUUACUUCUGGUUGUAAACUCUAUGGUGAACCCCAUGGUUUAUGCUCUUUUAAAGAAAGACAUUAAAAAGAAAAUAAAAAUUCUCAUUUGCGAAAAAACCUUCGGUGAAAAGCGUAACCAUGGCGAGACUGAGUAG